AUGGAAACUACAAAAUGUCCAUUUAGCAGCCUCAUUGAGUGCGUCAAUCGUCACAGAAAAGAGUUCGAAACUGUGAAAACACCGCUUGCAGAACAUGAAGCAAAAAUUGCUAAAGUCAGACUUGACUUCAAACACGCCCGGAGCAGUCUCUUACAUGCCGAGAGCCAGAACCCCGAUCCUGAGGGUGGCGACGAGAGAAUUCUAGAACUAGCUAUGGAGUGUGGUCGAGAGCUCGAAAAACUGGAUUACAAUUUUAAAGCUGCUCGCGAACUAGAGGAAAUGCAGUACGCGCGGGCAACUGCCCCAAUUCGCAAAGCACUUUGCAUAGAGGUAGUCCAGCUUCUUGGAGUCGCUCUCGUAAGGGAGUGUUUACAACACCUGGAUGAAGCACAAGACAACCAGCAACAGGAGCGGUUCACUCCAGAACGCGACAUAGCACUACAAGGACAACCAACCCAAAGUCAUGCAGCGAAUCUUUCCAAAUCAUUAUCUAGGAAACGGAGAGCAGUUGACAGGCAUAUCAAAAUUCCGUCGAAGCGCAACAAGCUAGCAGCACAACAAUCUCGCAAAGUCGAUGGCGAACCAAUUAAGCUGAGACAGGCGAUCUUACGUCCCGCUCGAAACCGUAACCGUCAAUCCGAGAGACACGCCAGGGCCAGCAACGGAGCGAGCGCCGAUCGGCAUCAUGAAUCCUUGAAACCGAUGGUUCCAGGUAGAAUCUAUCGGACAUUCUACAAGUCAUGGUGCCUCGCACUCCUUCUGCCUACACAGAAUCUUGAAGCUGUCGGUGUACCGGAGACCAUGGAAACUCUCGGCCUUACGAAGAACAUUCCUGAAUGCUACGUGUACGACUCUGAAUCCCAAACCUUUUCGUGGCAAAGGUUGUACGAAGACGGCGGAGAGUUGGAGUCCAAAAGAUCAUAUCCUGUUAUGUACUUCGAUGGCGCAGAAUUCCCUGGUAGAGCCAGUGUCGGCUGGGUCGAAGCAGACAACCUUCAAGAAUACGACAUGACCGGCCCUCGAGGUCUCACCGAACACCACAAACAAGCGGAGUUAUAUCUGGAACAAAUGAAAUCAAGCCACUUGGAUCAGAAUUCCCCUUUGCGAGAACGGGAUUCGCAAUUCUCGUUCGACAGUCCUCAGAACAAUGAAGCAACGCAUCGGCAGCGAUCGUCCUCGCAUGAGUUAGCGGUGGUUGAGGGGCAUGCCGCAAUGGAACAGGACCAGGCAAGCACAAGCACUGGUGAGGUGAUUGAUGGCGUCUCAACAGCCAAGCAAGCGGCUCGAGAUAUUCAUGAAGAUUCAAACAGUUCCCCCAUCACCGGGGACCGAAUCUCUUUAGAUCGAGAGACCACUCAUGAGGUUGACGAACAUUUGCACUAUAAUUCCAUGCCGGGGUCCCCUGGCUACGAACCGGAUACGGCCCACGCUGUAUCUGCGUCUGGAGGGUCGCCGGGGAUCUGUCGAGUUAGCGAUAACAGCCCGAGAGGCUUUUCUCCCAGAUAUUCUGACCAAGAGUUCCAGUCGGAUGGAGUCAUUCUAGUUCGAAAUGGAAUUGGAAACGAGCUGGCUCGAUUACCACCCACAACGGCCCAUUCAUCAUUUAGGAUACAGCCGGCCCCAUUGAAUUCCGACCUUGUUAGACAGACGACAGGACUUAAAGGCUCUAUUGCCUCAGAAACGGCCACUCCAAGCCACCAGCAAAUGCUAGGGCGAUUUCCACCCCCACCUACAAAUUGUGCUCCGGGAGAGACGUCUGAUCUGCGUUUGCCUCCCAUUCAGAAUGUUUGGGCAAGCAUGCUUCCAAUGCACCCUCAAUUGUCAUCAUGCCCUGCCCCUGCGCCAGUCCCAGCGGCAAUCACUAAGGCUCACUACCAGACCAGUGCUCAUCCUGUCUAUCGAAAACUGCUUCCCCAUAGCAGCUUUUCCGGUCGUCGAGUUCUUGCGUCGACACACGGAUGGCCGCGACCCAAAGCCGAACAUGUUUUUCAAAGAUAA